UCACUAUUCAGUAUUAAAUUGUUUUUGUGUUUCAGUUUAAGUAAAUCUUUCUUAUGAUUAUUAUUACCACUUAAAAACUAAUUAAAAUGGCAGUGAGUCUCGAGGAUAUUGUAGACGUUAGUUCUGACUCAGACAGCGAUACCAGUCCUGAUAAACCUCUUAUUCACUUGUUCAAACGGCUUAUUGAGAUUGAAAAUAAACAACACACAGUUUUCAAAAAUUCUCAGAUAAAUGAACUAUUGCAAAAAGAAUUUAAUAUGGAUGUGAGGAACCUGCAUGUUCUAGAAAUUGACAUAUACUUGACUGUUGUUAAGAAAUUUCUUAAGGAAUGGCCGGAGUGGGAUAGCUUUGAUAAAAUUGUAAACGAAGUACGAAAAAAAGGCCAGAAUUCAUUAGACGAUGCCUUGCUCGAGAAAAAGUAUUCUAGCAUGAAAUCUUUUUUGAAAAAGGCUCUCGAUGAGGCUGAGCCACUAGCAAAGAUAGCAGUAGAAAAGAUCAAGGAGAAAGAAAAAGGUGCUAAGGGAGAAGAACCAAAAGAUGAUGACCCUGUGCUAGAAAUUAGUGCAACAAAAGCACAAUUGAAACAACUUUUUUUUAGGUAUCCCAAUCCCAAAUGUAGCAAGAGUAUCUUUAACAUAGACAACAUUGUACCAUCUCAAAUAAAAGUCAGCAAUAUUCCGCUCAGGUCAAUUUUAAAUAUGUCAGGAGUUACAAUCACAAUAACAGGUCCAGCAGAUGCAGUAUUGUACAAACAUGAAACAAACCACGAAUUUGAGUAUGUUCUGUGCAAUAAGAGGUUAAUCGCAAAACCAAAGAAAGACCUAGAAUUAAAUCAAGAAAUAGUAUAUAAAGGAAGUUCUGAUGCGGUCAUUAAUGUCAGCAAAAUAAUAAGUUUAAUAAAUAAAGCGUACACUCCAUAUGCUUUGAGUGAAAUAAUGGAAAUAAUUAAUUUUGUUUUAAUCUCUUUAAAGUUUCUACCAUUAAAAGUGUUUCAAGAAUCAACAUACAAGCGACAUACAAAUAAAUAUCCAUAUGUACGAUAUUACUUUAAGGAUAUAGAAAAUGCUUUCAUGGAGGAUAUUAGAAAAUACGAUUUACAAUUACAAGAAAUGAUAAUUCCUGUACUUGAAAUAUACAUUGGUAACUUCACUAAUGUCAUGGAUGGUAGAAAUAAUUUAACAGAGGAUUCAAUAAUGGUAACAUGCAGAUCUUGUUCCAUCAGUUUUCAGGGUGCCAGCAUAGUUAAUGAAAUAAAAAUGCAUUUUAACACCCAACAUGAGGUACCAGAUGUUCAAUGUAAUAAUUGUGAAGAAGCAUUUACUGUCGAAAAUAUAGCUGGCAACUGGUGGUGUCAUCAGUGCAAAUAGACA